GUUUCUAAAAUCGAUUUCGAUAAUCAACUGAGUCGAUCACCAGUUGUUUGUUAUGUCAGCUGAUAGAAUAUUUAGCUCUACUUACCUUGCAUAAGAAACACAUUAAAUAUAUAUAUAUUGCUAUGUAGAAGCCACCAUGGCAUCUAUACUGUUUUUAAACUUGAAGCUGCAGCAAGGAAGAGUGCUGUACAACAGACUUCCAACUUGUUGCUGUCAACAUUUAUAUCAUAGUGAAAGAAAGCAACGGAUCCUUGCACAGGACUCACAAAGGCAGAGGACUGGUUCCCAGAAGUUCUUCAUCACACCAGUGCGGUUCUCCGGCACCAUAAAAAAUGAAGAUGACUAUUUAAAGACCAAAUACUUGCCCCCUCCACUCAGUAUUACAGCCAGCUUCAAACCAACAUCAACCAAUCCUGUCCCAAUCAGUAAUCGAUACAUCCAUUCCUCUGCAUUUUCUUGGAAAGACAACGCUCGUGUUGAGAAAAGUGUGCAAGUUAUUAAAGAUGAAGUGUGUGACUUGAAAACAAAGAAAAGCCUGCAAGCUAUUAAUGAUGAAGUGAGUGACUUGAAAACAACUCAGACUGUCAAAGCUACCCCUGCAGUUGUUGCCUCGAAAGAACAGGCAGCGUUAGAGAAACCGAAAAGUUUUCUCGAGAAAAAACGUGAGAAAUGGGCGGCACUGAUGGUAGAGGUGAGGAAAGUAGGAUUCAUGAGAUACAUGAUCAACGAAACGAGGGCGUUCAUUCGUCAUUACUGGGAAGGCUUUCAGCUGAUAUGGAAGAACAUGAAGUACUGUAUGCCGUUGUUAUCGCGAUAUUUGAGGGAGGGCCGUUCUUCGCUGAAGAGAAGGGAGUACAAAAUGUUGACGAGGACCCUGGCUGACCUGGUUCAAAUGGUGCCCCUGAUACCCAUGAUCAUCAUACCUCUAGGGGAACUCUUCAUACCCCUCUACAUGUCACUCAACCUUAUGCCCAGUGUGUUCCAGAAAAAACCUAAGACAGCGGACUACAAACGUAGUCUGCAGGUGAAACUGGAGUACGCAUCCCUGUUGGCCAACAGCCUGCAUGACAUCCCCCUAAAGAAGACCACCAAGGGGUCCUCAGUACAGGACUUCGCUGACUUCAUGCAGAGGGUAAAAACCUCAGAAACCAUACCGUCCAUAGAUGAGAUCACAAAGUUCUCAUCGCUGUUUGAAGACUCCAUAACCCUGGAUGACCUAAACGUAAUGCAGCUCCAGGCGUUGUGUAAGAUCCUGGGUAUCGGGUUCCUGGGUAAGAUCCCCAACGCGUCCGUGCUCAGGUUCCAGAUCAUCAUGAAGGUCAGGGAGCUGGAGGUCGAUGAUAAGACUAUCCAGAAGGAAGGCAUUGAGAGCCUGACCAUUGAAGAGUUGCAGUCAGCAUGCAGGUCCCGGGGCAUGCGUGCGGUCGGCAUGUCAGAGGAGAGGCUCAAAGUGCAACUGGAGCAGUGGCUGGACCUCCACAUCAAAAAACGUGUUCCUACGAGUUUGCUGCUGCUGACAAGAAUUAUGUACCUGGAUGAGAAUCUGUCACCUGCACAACAGCUCAAGGAGACACUCAAGAGACUGCCAGACAAGACAGUGGAGAAGGUACAGGUGACCACUGCAGAGAUGGUGGGAGAGGUGGUGGACACGAAGACCAAACUGAAAGUACUGGACGAGGAGCACCAGGCUAUCAAGAUGGAGAAGGAAAUAGAGGAAAAGGAGCAGCAAUUAGAAGAGUUGCAGAGAAUGGAAGAGGCCAAGCGACUUCGUGAAAUAGAGGGCUCAAUGGAUCCGGAGGAGUUAGACAGGAAAAUGCACGAAAGAAAAUUGAAGAUGUUCUCCUCAUCUAUGUCUGAUCACAUUAAACCCGUCAAGCCCUUGCAUGAAAUUAACAACACAAAUAAGAAGGAUAAAGAGGGAGAGAUAAUUCAGGAGCUCGCCCUUAGCCAGAUGCAGCAGCGUGUGAUCAACCAGGAGCUGGCCAAUCGGCUUGUAGAGCAGCAGGCGGCCACCAGUAGACUGGCCGAGCAGGUUCGCGCUAUGGAGGUGAAACCUGAAGCUGCCAUGGUGGAUAAGGCACCAACACUGGGAGAUAGGCCUGCAGAAGGUGUGUUCGUUUUCAAUGUGAAAGAUUUGAAUGCGGAAGACAAUAUAACUGCUAAGGAUCUGGGAGACAUUGAGAAGGCCAUUGAGGACAUGGCAAAACAUCACAAGGACGAACUGUCCGAGGUUAAAGAGGACCUGCAGGAAUACCAUGAGGAUAUAUCGAAUGUGAAGGCUCUCACGCAGAACACAGACUACGAGAAACUGAUCAACGAGACAACUGGGGCCAAGAAACUGAACAACUAUCUCAACAGCUACCUUAGAAGACUGGACAAGAACAUCUUAAAGGUUCAGGCAGAGAAGGACCAAUUGCAGCAGAAGAUAGAGCUAGAGGAGUCAAAACUACAGCAAGAUGCAGCGGGCAAGCAGGAGAGACUCAAGGCCAUUGAGAUAAAAAAGGGUAACCUGAUCAGCACGAAUGAGGUGCUUCUAUCCCUGAAGCGUUUGCAGACAGUCCCGGAUGAUGUGAGAAUGCAGAAGGUUCUACAAGUGUUGGACACAGACGAGGAUGGGUUGAUAGACAUCACAGACGUUCUAAAGGCAACUGAGCUGAUCAGCCAAGAGAAUCUGAAGCUGAACAAGAAGCAGAUGGCGGACGUGAUGACGUUGCUGAAGAAAGAGGCCCAGAUGGAGAUGGAGCAGAAGCAGCUGGAAAAACUGGAGAAAAAAGGGGAGGAGCUGAAAGAACAUGUGGAGGCGGGGCCUGAGAAGAUUGACAUUAAGGCAUGAGUCAGCAGAUUUUUACAAUGUUUGGAGAAUGACUACAUUUUAGCCCUGCUCUGAUAAAAAGGGUUUUAAUUAUUGGGCAUAAAGAGUUGUCCCAGAUUAGCCUGUGCAGUGUGCAAACUGCACAGGCUAAUCUAGAAAACAAUGUACGCCCUUUAAGGCUCAAAUUGAACGAUAUUAGAGUAGGAGUAAUACUGGAGUAUGUGUACAUUCUCCAGGGACUAGUAACUUCAAAUGGGUUAGUAAAAGGAAACAGAAAUGGAGAGAAAUAGAGAUAGAGACCUCUAUAUUAACCUGUUGACCAUGACCGGAAUCAAUAAAAUAUUUGCCCAUUCAAGCAAAUGUUUUGGUAACUAAGGCCAUAGGUCCAUUGUUUAAAGAUACAAUUACUAUUUAACAAGAUACAGUUAAAUAUAAGAAACAAUUCUUUUCAUGUUUUGGCAAUCAUCAACUGUUAAGUUAACUGAAAAGAAAUCUACACACUUUAAGACCUUACUGUAUCAUGUUGAGUAUGUACAUUACAUGCCCCUUGUUUAUUUGUAUAUUAACAAGACAAAAAAUUAAUAGAUUAAAAACUAUAAAAGCGAAUUCUUAAAAAGCCUAUAUUAUUGUCUCCUACCGGUGAAACCGAAGGGGACUUAUGGUUUGCACUCCGUCUGUCUGUCUGUCUGUCAGUCAGUCAGUCCGUCACACUUUUCUGGAUCCUGCGAUAACUUUAAAAGUUCUUAAUAUUUUUUCAUGAAACUUGAAACAUGGAUAGAUGGCAAUAUGGAGAUUAUGCACGUCAUUUCAUUUUGUGCCUACAUCAAAAAUUCUGGUUGCUAUGGCAACAAAUAAAAAAUAUAUAUAAAAAUUCUCACAAUGGUGGAGUUUCACCGGUAGGGGACCAUAUUGCUUGGCAAUCUCUUGUUUUUAUUAUUUUGUUUCAAUUUGAACUAGCUUGAAGGCAUCAAUGUGAUAACUGAGUAUUUGUUUUCAAAAUGUUUAAAUUAAUUAUGUCAUAUUUGAAAUGAAGAAACUUUGUUUAAAAUUAAAUAUAAACGUUUCUGCACAACUACAUUUUGCGUGCAAUUGUUUUCAUCAAAUAUAACGCAAUGAUCAUAGACAUCUUUUGUUCACAUGCUAGGGCCUUGUGAUUGCAAUUUUUUCGUGUUUUUUUUCGUAAAAUUGCAUUUGCAAAUUCUUACUGUACCCUUUUGAAAAUAAUGCGAACUGCCGAUGAUACUCUUUCUCUUGCAGUUUCUUGUUUUAUGUAGCAUUGAUUUGUUAACUUACUUGUAUCUCAAGUUAGUUAAAUGGCUUGCUAAAUUGUCUGUAUAGAAAGUUAACAAAAAAUAAUGUUGAAAUAGUACUUGUAUCAUUCUUUCCUGCCAUUAACAACAGAUUCCAGCGGAAUAAUUUAGAGUUCACUCUAGCAUGAACAUCUUAACUCUGUCCCACUGUCUGCAAAGUGGAAAUGGUUAUGUGCAAACAGCAUAAAACCAGAACAGCCUGCGAGUAACUCGCAGUCUGUUCAAGUUUUAUGCUGUUUGCUGCUCUUCAGUAUCUAAGGGUUGGAAAUAAAGCCUUUAAAACUUUAAUAAAGUAAGAAAAGUCUUUAAUUAAAUUUAACUUUCAAAGGGACUUCAACAUGCUUCAAAACAUGUAUCUAAAGGGUCUAAUAACUGAAAUAUAUUUUCCUCUAUGUAGUUUCAAUUCUUUAAUCACAAGUCUUAUAUGUACAUUUGUUCAACAUCUUGGCAUUUAAAAUCAAUUGCAAUCAAGUCAAUUACUUGUUAUAUCUAAAUAUUUUGUAUAUUUUUUACAUUUACUUUUAUGAUGUUAGUAUUUGUUUUAUGUUUUUGUUUUGUAUUUUAAACUAUAUAUGGAAAGGUCAAACCAUUUGAUCAAUUGUUUUGUGUUAGAUUACAACAAAUUAUAAUGUGUCAGAAAUUUGCAAAGCAUAUUUAAUUGCAUGAAUGAAGGUCCUCAUUUUUAGCUCGGCUGUUUUCGGAGAGAACCCGAGGUAUUGUCAUAGCCAGCUCGUCGUGUCCGCCGUCCGUGUCAAGGUUUGUUAAGUUUUUAACAUUGGCUCUAAAAUCAAUGUCCUCCACCUACAACUUUGAAACUUCAUAUGUAGCUGCACCUUGAUGAGUUCUACACGCCACACCCAUUUUUGGGUCACUAGGUCAAAGGUCAAGGUCACUGUGACCUCUAAAAAGAUAUAAAAAAAACUGACAAGCUUUUGCAGCCGAGCGUGGCACCCGUUAUGCGGUGCUCUUGUUUAAAAUUGAGUGUGUUAAUGUUUGACAUUUUUAUCAUUUACAUGUAUAUGCAUGUUGUAAAUAAUAAGGAUGUUAUUGUUUAUUUCAUGUAUAUUAGUCAUGUAAAAAUAAUGUUUUAACAAGGUAUUUGUAAGUCAGUAAUGCAAAACAUUUAGAAUGUCCUUCUUUUACAAACUCUGUAGAAAGGUAAUCCAUCACAAAAUCACCAUAAACAGUGGGGUUAUUCACACAAGAUCAAGAUACAAACAAAAUAAGUUGUUGUUGCUUUUUAAUUGUUACUUUGUCUCACUUUGUGAAAGGCAUUUUAUGUUCGUCUUAUGAAGCUUUUUAAUUUAUUGGCAUUUUUGUGCUGUUCAUUCGAACCUGUUAUGUUAUAGUGUUGUUGUUACAACUGUAUUGUACUAGUGUUGUUCAUGAUUUAUCCCUUUCCCACUAAGAAGCAAAGUGAAAAGGACUGUGCAAACAGCAUAAAACCAGAACAGCCUGCAAGUAACUGGCUGUCUGUUCAUGUUUAAUGCUGUUUGCUGCUCAUCAGUAUUUAAGGGUUGGAAAUGAAGCCUUUAAAUCUUGAAUCUAGUAAGAAAGGUAUUGAUUUAAAUUUAACUUUCUAAGGGACUAAAAAUGUGUUGAAAUACAUAUCUAAGUGGUAAGGGUUAUUAUGAGAUUCAUACACCCUUGUGAUAUACACUGUUUUUAAAUGGCUAAUUUGAAUAAUUGUCAGAAGUGAGUCAUUUAAUUAAGUUUGCUUGCCUGUUAGGUAGGUCUUUUGAAAACUUGUGUGGGAAUUAUUUGAGAGUAUGUAUUGACAAAUGAAAGGAAAUAUAUUAGAAAAUGAACUAACAGAACUGGGCAAAAAUCUAGAAUAUUUGUCGAUUAAGAGAAUUUAAGUUCACAGCCAGUGAUGUUUAAAUUUAUUUAAAAAAUAUAUUUUCCAGCCAUAAGUUGUUCACAAUUUGAAUACCUUAAAAACUGAAACCUGUUUUGACAACAACAAAAAAUUAAUUGUUAACAGGAAUGUUAGUUGAGCUUGAAUUUAAAAAGAAUUUGAAAAGAAUCUAUUCUCUAAACUGCUUCCGUGUUUUGACAGUUUAGCCUGUGUUGUUUAGAAAAAAAAUAAGUUUUUGAAAUAAAUAUUUUAAGAAAACACCAAAGGAUAUUGUUAUUUUAUUGUGUUGUUAUGAAAUUGCUGUUAAAUGAAUUUAUAAUCAGAUGGCUUUCGACAAAUAAGUAGAUGUAGAUUAAUUGGGAUGUUCAAAGGUUGUGGAACAUGACUUGCCAGCCUGGUUAGAUGUAUGUUGAGAGUGGAUCUGACUGUAGAUUGUAGUCUAAUACUCAACAGGGUAAACAAAUGUAUUGUUUAAAAUACUUAUUUUAAUGUGUAUUAGAAAAAUGGGGAAAAUACAUUAAAUGACAUUAUAUAAACAUUUUAAAAUUAUGAACAAAAUAUAAACAGUUCAAUGUUAAAAUAAUAGUACAUGUAUAGGAAAAAAAACAAUAAAGAGGGAAAAAAAGUAAAGGACCAGAAAAAUAUUCUACAUUUGUACAAAGUGACAUGUUUGAUUAAAUGUGUGACUAGAUUAACAAAAAUUGUUUGUUUCAUUGUUGCUGCUAUUUAGAAAUAUGUUUCAGUGUAUGUAGUAAGCAAUAAAUAGUAUAUACUAAUACAAGUUCA